ACAUAUAUGAAAUUCAAAUAAUUAUUCGCAUAAAAAAAUAUAUUUUCUUUCCUUUAUUAGAAAAAUUUCACUUUUUUAAAGAAGUAAUGUGACUUUAAUGUUAUUAAUUUUCACAUACUGGCUUGAAGAAAAGCUAAAUAUUUUUAGGUUAGUGAAAAUUUGUUUAGAGAAAUGAUCCAGAAGCUUCGGAGCAGCUUAGGAACAAUCGUAUACGGGAAACAUGGCAGACGAGGCUUUGAAACUGAAGGAGCAAGGGAACGCUGAAUACAAGAAGAAGAAUUUUGAUAAAGCCAUUGAACUCUAUACCCAAGCCUUUGAAAAAGAUGGAACUAACAUCUCAUAUAUCACAAACAGAGCUGCUGCACAUUUUGAGAAAGGAGAUUACACGUUAUGCAGGGAGGAUUGUUUGAAAGCAGUAGAAGUUGGCAGAGAGAAUCGAGCUGACUUUAAAAUGAUUGCUAAAGCUUUUUCAAGAAUAGCAUCGUCAUAUACCAAAGAAGAUGAUCUAAAAAAUGCAAUGCUUUAUUACGACAAGUCUCUAGCAGAGAAUAGAAUCCCGGAUACACUGAAGAAGAGACAAGAGGUUGAGAAGAAGCUGAAGGAAGCAGAGAGAUUGGCCUACAUCAAUCCUGAGAAAUCAGAAGAAGAGAAGGCCUCAGGGAAUGCUGCAUUUAAAAUAGGUGAUUACCCGACAGCCAGGAAACAUUACACCGAGGCUAUCAAAAGGAAUCCAAGUAAUAGUAAACUCUACAGCAACAGAGCUGCAUGCUACACGAAGCUAGCAGAGUUCAGACUAGGUCUAGAUGAUUGCGAAGAAUGUAUCAGAUUGGAUCCUACAUUCAUCAAGGGUUAUCUCAGGAAAGGUACAAUUCUAAUGGGUUUGCAUGAUUAUACCAAAGCUAGCUCAGCAUUUCAACAGGCACUGGAACUUGAUAGCAAUAAUAAGGAAGCCCGAGAUGGUGUCUAUAAGUGCUCAACCUACUCCACUCCAACAGAAGGGAUGAGUGAGGAUGAGAUCAAGAUGAGAGCUAUGAAUAAUCCAAGGGUUCAGAAGAUCAUGGAAGAUCCCGCGAUGAGAUUGAUUCUUGAUCAGAUGCAAAGUAACCCAGGGGCUGUCACAGAACAUUUACAGAAUCCUGAGAUCGCAGCUAACAUUCAAACCCUUAUGGAAGCUGGUCUUAUCAAACUUUCAAAAGGUCCAGCAAUGUAGAUAACACCUCUUAUACACCAAUCUGUAUAGUUUUGUGUGAUACAUGUUAUUCCUGUAACCUGGAAUGUUCUGCUGCUCGUAAAGCAGUAGACAUUACAAAACCCCCACCCAGGGAAACUGUUUCGGACUUGUCCUGCUUUGGGCCAUUCACCAUAAUCAAUUCAAGCUACUCAAAUUUCAAUUUAAGCUACUCAAAAUUACCCAUCCAGGGUAAUUGUUAUUUGUCCUGCUUCAGGCCAUUCAUCAUCAUCAAUUUAAGCUACUCAAAGUUGGUUUUUGAUAAUAUCUUUGAUUCAUGCAAAGCCAGUUUUUACAAUGUAUUUGACGCAUGCCCCAUGCAGCAUUAUAAUGAGAAGUCAUUUCAUCAAAUUUCUGAGCAAAGCUGUGUAUCAUGGAAAUAUUUUUUUGUAGACAAGGGAUAAAGUCAUGAAUUUGUUUGAUUUUGCUUUUGUCUCAAAUUAUUUCUCAGGUUUAUUUAUGGAUUGUAAUCUUACUAUAUAAGUUGAUGUUUGUAGCUGAUAUCCUAUUUUUAUAAGAAGGGCUUUUAACUCGGCGACGGUGCAAACUUGAUCUUUUGUUUUAAAGAAUGUGCAUCAAUGCGUCAUUUUGUGUGUACUUUGGCUAUAGGUUCAGAAGUUCAAAUGGAUUAAGAUUUAAAGUCUUACAAAUCUAAUUUGUAAUAUUCUAUCAUCAAAUGAUAAUAAUGACAUUGUUUUAUGCAGUGCACACGCUGUCCAUAGACGCUCAUGUGGCUACAUUUUUCUUGUAUAUAACGAGCUUUUAACAAAUUUGGCAAAUCUGCCAAAGCCAAUCUUUCAUAGGUUGAAUAACCGCCUAAGUUGCUUACAUCAGGAAAACAGUUUGCCAAACACGUUCAAUAAAUCAAAAUUAGAUUUCUCUUAAUUUGAGCAGAUACCUGUUUCUGAAUUAAAUAUUUACAGAUUAUAAUCCCAUCCUAAACUUGGUGGGUUGCAUUUGAUGCUAGUCAGCAUUCAGGGAUAAGAAAAACUAAUGUGUGUUAUUUAACUCAAAUAUUGCCUCUCUCUAAUUAAACAGCAUGAUUGCGCAGUUAUGAAUGGCAAUAUCAGUGGAAUUCGGAGGAGUCAAUCAAACAGUGUAUUAUUAGUCGGUUUAGGAUCAAUUAUGUAACCCCAUACUUGUAUUAAGUAUGCAGAAUUUUAUCCUGUAUUUUACUUUUUAUUAAUUUCAUGGUCCCCAAAAAUGAAUAUCAUUCCAAAUGCAUGUUCUGUACAGUCCCCUAUCUUCAUUCAAAUAAAUCUUUUUGUACUAGGCAUCUCUCUUCCACGUUUGACAAGAAGUAGUUGUGAACGGAAUCAAAGUAAAUUUUUUGUUGAUUAACUCUUUGCACGCUGAAUUAAUUUUUGGGGGAUAACGACAAUCGUUUCCAUUAAGUUUUCAUAUUGCACCAUUGGUACUUAUUGUUAUUAUAUAGAUGUUAUCCUAGAACUAUUGCCUUUUAUUAGCUUAUCUAAUUUGAAGGUAGGGGAGAAAACUAAUUACAUGUAUUACGAUUGUUGAAUUCAAUUGUAUGAAUGUGCAAGAUUGCAACAUCAGCGCGCAAAGGGUUAAGGGAAUAUGGGAUGAGGUAAUUACACCGGAGAAGAAUGGCUACUAAAUGGUACUUGGUGCUAGGAUAGAGACUGCUGUCAGACAUCACCACCCACAAUUUCUCUCUGCAUAAAACCUGAAAUCUUUUUUUUUUCUCAUGAUGUAGGCUUGGCACAGGGACCACCCCUUCCAGUACUUAAAGGACAAUGAAACCUUUGGAACAAAAUAGCUUGUGCGAAAACAGAAAAAUAAACGGAUCAAAGAAAGUUUGAUAAAAAAUGAAUAAAUAUGAAAUUUAUGAGCAUUUGAAGUUGAGAUCAUUAUUGUAAUGAAGAUCCUCCCAUUGGCAAUGCGACAAAGACAUGAAAGAUGUCUUAUGUGAACAACCUUCCCAUUACUUUUGUAUAUAUUUCACUUUAACUGCCUUUUUUAUCACAUCUAUCAGUAGAUUACAUAUUCUUUUGAUAGGAGGGCAUGUAAUACAGAUUUUCAGAGAAUACUUUGUGGAGAAAGAGUUGGUAUCACAAGAGCAAAAACAAGACAUUUUGAGGGUAUUUUAUAGUCCAUCAAAGGGAAAGUUGUUUACAUGUGACAUCACACAUCUUUGUCGCUUUGCCAAUGAAAGGAUCUCCAUAGCAUUAGUGAUCGCAAUAUUCAAAUGCUCAUAACUCUAUCAAUAUUUGUCUGAUUUUUCUCAAACCUAUGCUCUUAUUCUAUGAUUUUUCUGCUUUCACACAAGCCUACUUGUUCCAAAGGUUUCAUUUCCCUUUAACUGGACAACCAUUCAUAAAUUUACUUUUGUCCUGAUUUCAUUGUAUAUUGUAAUCCAGAAGUUUUGUAGUAUAACCUGUAUAUUUGUAAUAAUCACAUACAAAUUAGCAUGAGGCUAAAACGAUGUGCUGUCAAAUAAUGCGACUGUUUAAACUCUGGGCAUUUGUUGUCAUUUGAUAAUGAUAUAUCAUGCUCGAGAUAGAUGUGUAUAAUUGUGAAUUUUGAUGAAUAUCAAUAAAAGAAACAAUAUUUCAGAACUGUAAUUA